UGAUCAAAAAACUAAUAAUAAUACAUCAUGAAACCUUUUCUCUGAUAUAUACCUUUUUUUCCGAGUCGAACUUACGAUUAGCACAGUCCGGCCAAGGCAGCGAGAGAAAGCAAAGAGAAAAUUCUCCUACCUUUUUCUUGAUAGUUUUCCUACCUAAUUAUCUUUUUUCUCGCUAGCCAAACAAAACCUGACGUUUAUAUACUGAAAUCUCCCCCGUAACUUUUUUAUUUUUUAUUUUUUUUAAUUCAGUUUCCGAUUCUAGGGCAGUUCUUUCUUAUUUUACACUUUUCUUCAUCGAACAUUCACAAAGUAAAAAGCUCUCAUUUUGAAACUCGUUUCGAGUAAUAUAAUAUAUAAUUAAUAGGGUUUAGAAUUGGUUCGGUCUGCUGGGAGGGAUGUUCUUCUCGGGCGAUCCAUCGACACGUAAGCGUGUGGAUUUAGGAGGACGGAGUACCAAGGAAAGGGAUAGACAAAAGCUUCUGGAGCAGACAAGGCUAGAAAGGAACCGCCGUUUAUGGUUGCGCCAGCAGAACUCUGCUGCAAUUAAAAUUCAGAAAUGCUUCAGGGGGAGAAAAGAAGUGGCAGCUGAACGAUCCAAGGUUCGAGAGCAGUUCUUCAGAACUUAUGGGAAGCUGUGCCAAAAUGUGAACAGGGAUUGUUUUGGUCCGGAUUCAGAGUUUCUGCGUCAGUUAAUAUACUUCUUUGAUGCUCAAAAUGUUGCUGAUUUUUCUGUUCUUGUGGAGACAUGUCGAUUACUUCAGCGAUUUGUCCAAGAUAGUGGGGAUGUUAUGAGUAUCUUUGCAGGCUUGGAUUAUUCAUGCAGGCAUGCUUUGGUAGAUUACAGAGCGAAGCAGCUUGCUUAUGUUUGUCUAAAGGCUGUACAUCAAAAUAGAAAUCAAAUAAAAAAUCAACUUUUUAUCUUACCUGAAGAAUCCAGCACAUCAACAACUUUGUUAUUAGAAGCAGUAGCUUUGUUGAUAGAUCCCAAACUUCCAUGGGCUUGUAAGAUAGUUGGCUAUCUAUUGCAAAGGAAAGCAUUUACCCUUUUUAGAGAGAUAGUUCUAACAGGGAAGGAAAUCAUGAAGACCCAUAAUUGCAGUGCCAAAGUAUCUCCAUUGGAACAUGUGCUUGCACUAAUAAUUUUCCACACUGGUCAAAAGCCCUGUAUAUGCUCAUAUAUUGACCCGCGAUGGAGUUUCUCUUCUCAGAUUCUUACUGUUCCUUUUGUCUGGCAGCUUUUCCCAUAUUUAAAAGAGGUUUUUGCAACAAGGGGGCUGUGCGAAGAUUACAUUCAUCAGAUGGCACUCUGUUUGCAAAACCAUGCUAAUGUGCUUCCUGAUGAUAUAUCGAAUGAGUUUCCUGGUUAUGCCUGCCUUCUUGGAAAUAUGUUGGAAUCUGCAGGAGUUGCUUUAUCUCGGCCAGACUGCUCUUUUGAAAUGGCUGUAGAUCUUGCUGCUGUUUCAACAUUCUUGUUGGAGGCGCUUCCUCCUAUGAAAUCUUCAAAUGGAGAAAUUAAAGAAAAAGAAAGUUCAAUGCUGGUUGACGAUGAUAUGACUGCGGGUGUUGAACCAAUGGAAAUAGUUUUGAAUAAAGAUUUGGAAAGACAAAUAUGCGAUGCUAUUGAUUCACGCUUCCUUCUGCAAUUAACAAAUGUCUUAUUUGGAGGGAUCUCGCCUGUCAGUGGUUUGCUCGAUGGACCAGAUGACAAAGAGGUGGCUGCUGUUGGUGCAUCCUGUGCUUUUCUGCAUGUCACUUUCAACACUUUGCCUCUUGAAAGAAUCAUGACGGUUCUUGCUUAUCGAACUGAACUUGUUCCAGUGCUUUGGAAUUUUAUGAAGCGAUGCCAUGAGAACCAGAAAUGGUCGUCCUUGUCUGAGCGGUUAUCAUAUUUUUUGUCUGGAGAUGCACCUGGUUGGCUGUUACCUCUGGCUGUUUUCUGCCCUGUGUACAAGCAUAUGCUUACAAUAGUAGAUAAUGAGGAGUUCUAUGAACAAGAGAAGCCUCUGUCUCUGAAAGAUAUCAGAUACCUAAUUAUUAUACUUAGACAGGCGCUUUGGCAGCUCCUUUGGGUGAAUCCUACAACCUCCUCAAAUUCUGUGAAACAUGUCAUGAAUACUUAUGCUAGUAAGAAAAACCCUGUGGAAUUCAUUCAACAAAGGGUUAGCUUUGUAGCCUCUGAGCUUCUCUCUCAGUUACAAGAUUGGAACAAUAGACGGCAAUUCACACCACCAAGUGACUUCCAUGCUGAUGGUGUUAAUGAUUUUUUUAGUUCUCAGGCUGCAAUGGAGAAUACCCGAGCCAAUGACAUACUGAAGCAAGCUCCUUUCCUUGUACCAUUUACAAGCAGAGUUAAAAUAUUCACUUCACAAUUAGCAGCAGUUAGGCAGAGACAUGGUUCACAUGCUGUUUAUACAAGAAACAGAUUCAGAAUAAGGCGGGAUCGUAUUCUGGAAGAUGCUUAUAAUCAGAUGAGUGCAUUGUCUGAGGAAGAUCUUCGAGGACCGAUUCGUGUAACGUUUGUGAAUGAAUUUGGAGUUGAGGAGGCUGGCAUCGAUGGUGGUGGUAUAUUUAAAGAUUUCAUGGAGAAUAUUACUCGAGCAGCCUUUGAUGUGCAAUAUGGACUAUUUAAGGAAACAGCGGAUCACCUGCUCUACCCUAAUCCUGGAUCAGGAAUGAUACAUGAACAACAUCUCCAAUUUUUCCAUUUUCUUGGUACUCUUCUGGCAAAGGCCAUGUUUGAGGGGAUUCUUGUCGAUAUACCAUUUGCAACAUUCUUUUUAAGCAAAUUAAAACAGAAGUACAACUAUUUGAAUGAUUUGCCUUCCUUGGACCCAGAGUUGUAUCGACACCUUAUUUUUUUGAAGCAUUAUAAAGGUGACAUCUCAGCGUUAGAACUGUAUUUUGUCAUUGUAAAUAAUGAAUACGGGGAGCAAACGGAAGAAGAGCUGCUUCCUGGGGGAAAAAACCAACGUGUUACAAAUGAGAAUGUCAUUCCCUUUAUUCAUCUUGUUGCCAAUCACCGUUUGAAUUUUCAGAUACGUCAACAAAGUUCUCAUUUUUUAAGGGGUUUUCAGCAGCUUAUUCAGAAAGAUUGGAUUGAUAUGUUUAAUGAGCAUGAGCUACAGCUUCUGAUAUCAGGUUCACUUGAAAGCUUGGAUGUUGACGAUCUGCGAUCACAUACCAAUUAUGCUGGUGGCUAUCACAGUGAGCAUUAUGUUAUUGAGAUGUUCUGGGAAGUCGUGAAGAACUUUUCAUUGGAAAAUCAGAAAAAUUUUCUCAAGUUUGUGACUGGGUGCUCUCGAGGACCACUGCUUGGUUUCAGAUACCUUGAGCCCUUGUUUUGCAUACAGAGGGCUGCUGGUAGUGCUUCUGAAGAAGCUCUGGACCGGCUACCUACAUCAGCUACUUGUAUGAAUCUUCUAAAGCUUCCACCAUACAGAAGCAAGGAGCAACUGGAAAAGAAAUUGCUGUAUGCUAUUAAUGCAGAUGCUGGCUUUGAUUUGAGUUGAGCAUUCUUUGUAACAUUCCAGGUAUGCCAAACUUUCUGCUCCGACCGACUUCAAACAGGGCAGCAGAUUAUUCCCUCACCCGAGAGAAUACACAACCCCUUAUAAAUUUCGGUAAAUUGUAUUUCCAAAUGCUCAGAAGCAUCACCAUGAGAACAGGGACACCAUAAAGAUUGUAAAAGCUGAAGCCCCAAGUAGUAUGUUGCGUAGAUAUACAAGCCUCUUCGUUUCAACAUGUAUAUACGGAAUUUGGGGUUCUGAGAUUUACCGAUAUGGGACCCUAUAGCAAAGUAGUUUUUGCCAGCAAGGAAUAGGUUGUCAUUUUGGUUACUGUAAUAUUUUGUAAAACAGUCUUCUUGUAAAUAAGGUCAAACAAAAUUUCGGUUAGCACCUACAA